AUGGAGAAUUCACCGUACCCGGCUUGCUUGGAUCAGCUCUCGUCUCCGCAUUCCCUUCCGGAACACACCUGGGAGACGGAUAUGUCGCGCCCUACUUCUCCCUCGGAUACCCACGACACGGGCGAAGACGCAACGCCUCUGCCACAGCGACUUGCCAAAAUAGCUCACAUGGUCUCGCAGAACGCCGACGUAUCCAGUGAGGAUACGAUCGCGGCACACCACUGCCUCAACACUUUGGAAGCCCUAUUGGACCCACGGCCAUCACUCAGGAAGGAAGUCGUCAAAUGCCGACCCACACGUAUCUACCCUGGAACUUCACACCCUGUGGCUUCCGCAGCCUCCUGCUCUGCCCCGAUGAAAGAUCGUGCUUCACUCGCUUUCGAACCUUCGAGCUCGCAACUCAUAGCUCUUUUGAACGAAGUCACCGCAUUAAAUGCCGACUUGAACCAGCGCCGUAAAGAAUCGUCCCAAAUAUAUGAUCUUCUGAGGCGUGAAUGCCAGGGGUUGUCGCGACGGAUAUCGGAGCUGGAAGCCGUGGUCCACGACCUGUAA